AUGUCCUCAACAACCCCAGACACAUUCAAGGGCUGGGUAGCCAACAACGCCACCAGCCCCCUAACAUUCACGACCUUCCACCCCAAACCAUUCACAGAAACCGACAUCGAAGUCGCAAUCUCCCACUGCGGGAUCUGUGGGACAGACAUCCACACCCUCCGCUCAGGCUGGGGCCCCGCAGACUACCCCUGCGUCGUCGGCCACGAGAUCAUCGGCACCGUGACCCGCAUCGGCUCGGAAGUCCCAACGCUGGCAUCAUCCCCAGCCUCCCGGGAGAUCCGCAUCGGAGACCGGGUCGGAAUCGGCGCGCAAAGCAUGUCCUGCCUAAAAGCGGACUGCUCUGAAUGCGCAGACGGACAGGAGAACUACUGUCCCCGACUCACGGGGACGUACAACUCGCGGUACGCUGACAAGAGCAAAGCAUACGGGGGUUUCGCGAUGCGCUGGCGCGGACCGGCGCAUUUCGCGUUCAAGAUCCCCGGUUCGCUGCCGUCGGCUGAGGCGGCGCCGUUGCUAUGUGGUGGAGUUACUGUGUUUGCGCCGUUGAGGAAGUACGGCGCUGGGCCGGGGAAGUCGGUCGGGAUUGUGGGCAUCGGGGGACUGGGGCAUUUGGGAAUUUUGUUUGCGAGGGCGUUGGGGUGUGAUCGGGUGGUGGGAAUUUCGCGGACGUCGAGUAAACGGAAAGAUGCGAUUGAGGGGCUUGGGGCGGAUGCGUUUAUUGCGACCGAUGAGGAGAAGAAGUGGGGGAGGAUGCAUUCGCGUUCCCUGGAUCUUAUUAUUUGUACUGUUGAUGCGCCGGAUAUGCCGUUGAGUCAGUAUCUGCGGCUGCUGAAGGUGGAUGGGACGUUUGUGCAGGUCGGGGCGCCUGAGAAGCCGCUUCCACAGUUGACAGCUUUUUCUUUGAUUCAGAAGGGGGUGAAGGUUACUGGGUCGAAUAUUGGUUCGCCGGAGGAUAUUCGCCUCAUGCUGCAGUUGGCGGCUGAGAAGCGUGUGUUGCCGUGGAUUCAGAAGAGGCCGAUGGAGGAUGUAAAUGCUGCGUUGGCUGAUAUGGAUGCUGGUAAAGCACGGUAUCGAUACGUGUUGGUCAAUGAGACGGAGAAGCAAGCGAAGUUGUAG